GAAAACAUGUCCAAAUCCAAUUAAUUAUUCCAGAAAAGGCAGUGAUCUAUACAUGGCAACAAACAAUUAAUGCCCCCCCAAAAUUAUCAAUUUAAUUAUUCCAUUAUUUAAUAGACAACACAUCUAAAAUCUCUCUCUCUCGGAACAGCACAAAAGUAGAACCAUUCAAAAUAAAAUAAAUAAAUAAAUAAAUAAAAAAACCAUCUUUCCUUCCUCUUCUCAUGGAUCUGCAACCCUCUGUGCCAGAUAAUCAACAACCCAUACCAGUAGUACCACAAAAGCUACAAUUUAUUCUCUUUCCCUAUCUUACAAAGAGAGAAGCGACCUAUGCAUUGUGCUUUCUCUCUUUUCUCAUUAUUACCAUCACCUUCUUCAACACCACAAGUCGUUUCCAGCAUCCACAGUCUCUUCUUGGCAUUGGCUUCUUGUCCCCAGUCCUUCCCAAAACUCAAAAACCAUUACCACCACCGCUAUCAUCAUCAGGAGGAGGAGUCUGUGAUUAUUCCAAUGGUAAAUGGGUUUGGGACGAAACCUACGCCCUCCGAUACUAUUCUGAGGACUGCCCGUUUCUUGAUCCAGGCUUCAGAUGCCAGCAAAGUGGCCGGCGAGACCUUGAUUAUCGCAAAUGGCGGUGGCAACCGCACGGCUGUGAUCUUCCAAGAUUUAACGCAAGUGAUCUUCUCAAUAGGAGUCGCAACAGCCGGAUAGUAUUUGCAGGGGACUCUAUUGGUAGAAACCAAUGGGAAUCCUUGCUAUGCAUGCUAGCACAGGGUGUUUCAAACAAGUCCACAAUAUAUGAAGAAAAUGGCAACCCUAUAACCAAACACAGGGGCUUCCUCUCUAUGCGGUUCCAGGAAUACAACCUCACUGUCGAAUACUACAGGCUUCCCUUCCUCGUCAUAUUGGACCGCCCCCCAAAAAAUGCAUCCAAGGAAGUCCACGGCGCCAUUAGGGUCGACGUGCUUCACUGGUACUCUUCAAAGUGGGUCAGAGCAGAUGUUCUUGUUUUCAAUGCCGGCCACUGGUGGAACCACGACAAAACCAUACACAUGGGACUUUAUUUCCAGGAAGGUGGGACUGUGAACAUGAGCAUGGAUGUAAUGGAAGCGUUUCGGAGGUCCUUGCAAACCUUGAAGUUGUGGUCAAUUCAAAAUUUAGAUCCUGGAAAAAGUCAUAUUUUCUUCCGUAGCUACGCACCAGUGCAUUACAGGAAUGGAACAUGGAACGAAGGGGGAAGCUGUGAUACUAACACAGCACCAGAAACCGACCACACAAAGAUGGAAGCUGAGCCACCAAAUAAUCUGUUUAUCUCUGACGUAGUUAAAUUGAUGGAAAGGGCUAAUCGAAAAGCACAGUUCUUGAACAUCUCAUAUCUAUCAGAGUUUAGAAACGAUGGUCACCCUUCAAGCCAUCGCGAGCCAGGUACACCACCUGAUGCUCCCCAAGACUGCAGCCACUGGUGCCUACCUGGUGUUCCGGACACAUGGAAUGAACUUCUCUAUGCUCAACUACUGUCAAAGGGAUUCAGAGCUAGGGCCAAAUGAAAAUCGGUGGUUACUUUAGUAGUUGAGAUACUUCUAAUUCAGGGUAAUUGCUUGGCAAUUUCAUUGAGGUUAGCGUCAGUAGUUUCCAAUUCUUUCACCUUCUCAAGGGCCUCAGGGGAUCUAACCUUUUCAGUCCAUAUGUGGAUGGAGGGUAUCUGCAAGAGAACAGAGUACUUGAUAAGCCAGGGUUAAGCUCCAUUAAGCAUUUAAGAUAGAAAACUUGGGCUCUGGAAAAUACUGACCAGCAUUGGUACAUAUCUUUGAAUCAUGGCUAACAUGGCUACAUGCCCAACUCCAGAAACCUGUUGUACAUUUAUUAUGGCUCAGACAAUGGAUUAUGAUAACUCAAGCACCAAGAGAGGGGGAAAAAAAUGGGCACGUUAAUGUUAUUUGUUUAAAAGAGGGAAAGCAAAGCAAGUAACAGACUUUGUUUGAGAAAAGUUUGAUAAAACAUCCA